AGUCUGUCUCUCUGUUAGUUUGCUGCAGUGUCUGUGACUGUGUGAGGAGAAGCAGAAGACGUAAUAAUUUUGUUGUAAGUAUCUAUGUUGAAGUAGACCGAAAAUAAAUUCAUUGAAAAGCCGGUGGUCUUCUAAGUAGCUCCAGAAAGAAAAAGCACUACUUUUUCUCGAAGCAAAGGAAAAGCACUCCUGUCUAAUGCGAAGUAAUACAAUUUCAUAUUCAAUUAGAAAUAGAUGAAAGACAAACACGACUUCUGAUCGUAAGUCGACCACACUAUCAAAUUGCUAGUACUUCUACUGGAAACAAGCUUUUCUGAUUCUGAAUUGGUAUCUCUCAACAAGAAACUCGUAAUAUAGCAAUAGCACUGCUUUAAUUAUUUCUUCUUUGGUGCCACUAGUAGCUCAGACUUUUUCCAACUUUUUCGUUUUUCACACGUUCUGCCUUGCCAUUGGGGCAAUAUUAGUAUUACGACAGGAAAAGAUUUUACAACUUCACUGAAAAUAAUAUAUACCUGCUAACACCAUCCACAAACCAAUUUGGUUCAAAAAGAUUCCUCAUCAUCUUCAUCUAUCCUACCAAAAAUCCGUCUACAUGUCAGCCAUUAGCCACACUACCGAAGAAGAGGAAAACUUUUCCCCUGGGUCUACUCCCGAAAUCUCAAGAUUUUUUUAUGACCUGCUCAAACGUUACAAUCUCAAGCGUUGCAAUAGAAUCUGGGAUUUGUCUUGCAUGAUGAGCAUGACACACUCGCAGAGCGUUCCACUAUCUGCGAUACAAAUUUCGCCAGAUUAUAGUGCGGUUUGGAGCUCCGAAACUUGUCAUGCGCAAUCCUGUGGGAAGAGACUAGAUCAUGCACUCUUGCAUCACAGAUUUCUCUAUUCUAUUGUAACGUUGGAGAUUGUAACACCUCACGAGCGGGUUAUAUUUUUAGCAACCAACUCUCCGACGACUCCCCGCCAGCGGACAUCCGAAAGGUCUCUGUGUCCUGUCCAAAGGUGUUUGUGUCCCCAGCGAGCGGCGCGAACCGGGGGGGCGAAACCGAAAUGGCCUCGUCGACGACUUUAUCAAAUGCAAAAAUGUCUGGGUCUGAAAGGAUGCGAACUUGUGAUGCGUAUUUCGGAUCCUACAAAGACCUGUGAUGCAUGACGUGCAAAAGGUGCCCACUUCUGGCCAUGCUGAGAGGGCAUUUCUCAUGCAGAAUACGCAUCACCAAGGAGCUCCAGAACCUGUGAUGCUAGGCCCUGCAUUCCAGACGUGGGGGAGCUUGGAAAAACUGCAUGACAUAUCUCGGAAUCUCCCAGACCCCGACACUUUUGCAGUUCAUAGUCCUCCCAGAGCGACCAAGUUGUGUCCUCCUGCUCCGGCGCAGCUGCGGAGCAAGUUGCGGGGGAACCGGAAUCUUCGGAUCCAUUCCCGCAGUAAGUUCUAGAGGGGGUUCAUCAUAUUGAAAGUGUCGCUUGGUUCUGCUACAAAGAACUUAAGUAUGUUCCGCGCACCAGGGUCGACUUCAAGGUUUGUUUUUGUACUGACAUGAUCUUUGCAUCAUGCGAGACUACAUCUGUCAAUAAUUUUUUGCAUGACAAAAAACCAUCUUAGGUCCGCAGCGGUCGGGGUUUCGGGGAUUUUGCAACCCACGACGAGGUCGGUCGACGUGACCCCACGGUCAGCAGGUGGGCUGAACAAUUCUCCGCAGAAAGAAAACAAGACCUGGCUCGGGCAGGCUUUCGAAACGGCGAUUAGCACGGUAUAGUGCUGCAUAGCAAUCUGGCAACAUCGGUAGUAUGACAUCAAAACGCCUGGCUUUGCUGGCAUCAAGCCGUGAAUGACAGAUUGAUUAACGUAGUACUUUUUUACCUGAAAAACAAAAAUUUCUUUUGAAACUAGGUGUACGACCAGAGCAAGCAGAAGUCCGCAGCGCCGGCUGUCUCUACGACGCUGCACGAAGGCGAUAUGGGUGUGUCAGGAUUGCUAUCGUCAAAGUUGAAAUAACUUGUAAUGCAUAAAAUCGAUACCAGUUGGACGCCCAAUUUUCAAGCAGUGCGUGACAAAUUUUCCGAGCGCCGGAAUCCGAUUCGUCAUGCUGUUUGGGCACAGACGACUGCUUUUGUCAUGCUACUUUAGCAGCUCUAUACCAAACCCGAAACAGGCUCACAAUCGGCCUCAUUUGCAAUCCCUGCAAGAGAGGCACUCCAUGCCUUGCAAUUUCUGCAUGAGAAAUUAUUUCAACUUUGAGGAUUUCAAUCCUGACGCUUCCAUAGGCGAGCAGAUGUUUACCGAGGAAGAGUUUUUCCUCCCCUCCAAAGAUUCUUCCCCUGCUGCGGGGGUGGUGCAAAUGCACACCGAACUACCCGUGCUGAAAUCCGGGUCGUUGGCUGUGGAAAAUCAACAAGUAGAACACCAGCAGAACAUUGUAGUGCAAAGUACUGCAGCCACUACUACCGCAACUUCCGGAGCACUAGGCCAGCAUCAACAACAACAGCCUGUUCAUCAUCUUGCAGGAGCUCCGGCAAACUACACGACAACGGACAACCUGAAACGCACGGAAUUUAUUUCCGACCCGGAAAAUAGCAGUACGAAUAUUAACAACCGUGGUGCUGUUUUCAAGCGAAACACCAACACCGGGGAGCAGCAGGACCGAGAGCAGAGUGCCAACCUUGGAUCUACUACGAUCUCGCGGGAGGUUAAGAUGGAACCUCGGGAGCUGUUUAUUACAAUGAAAAGUGCCCCCCACCCCCAAAGUUGCAAAAAUUUGUGAUGCGAAGUUUCCAAAUGAAAACUUUUUGUCAUGCAUGAAAGGAGUAUGAAUCUUUCUGAUGCAGAUUCUAGUCGUGGGUGUUUCGCAUCGCUUGCAUGACAAGCGCCGCUCUUGCUGGGAUCUUUUGCAUUGCAAAUUUUUGCUAUUCACGAUCGGAAAUCUGUGAUGCUGAUACAUGCAAGAGGGCGAAUGUUUCAUUUGGAAAGAUUUGCAAUACAAAUGCUUUCAAGUUCGGGGAGGGGGGUAUUUUUCAUCGUAAUACUGUUUCGCACGCCAAUUACGACGACCGGACGGGGUAUCAAAUGCAAAAAUGUCUGGGUCUGGAAGAAUGCAACUUGUCAUGGUAAAUCUGAAGCAUGCAAAAAUCUGUGUUGCCUGAGUGCCAAAAGCUGUCCACUUUUGACGAAGUUGGGAGGGAGUUUCUCAUGGAGGAUAGGCAUGAGAGAGAUCGCACAGAAUCUGUCAUGGUAGGUCCUGCAUUCCAGACCUCAUGGGUCCUGGAAAAGCUGCAUGACAAAUCGCGCACUCUUCCAGACCCAGACAUACUUGCAUUUGAUACAACGGGGCUUUUUGGACGUCGGUGGGGAACAAGGUUUCGAGGCGGCGGAUGAAAUGAGGGAGGAGGUAGAAGUAGAAGUUUUGGGACUCAACAUUUGGAUACGAAAGCCGAGUGCUAGCGCGUGCUUCUCCUAUGUCGUAAAGAUUGGAUUAUAAAUAUUACUUAGCACACAACUUCUUCUUCCUCGUGCUCUGUUGUGCCAGCGUGAAAAAUUUCAAAUCGAAAUCAACAGGCCAAGCAACGCACCCAGGAAUCCAUUCGAUUAAGCGCGAACGCCUUUCUGAUGUCCUCUCCUUUGUUAUUGCAAGGAAAAAUCCCCCCUCCCCAUAUUGACGAGGUGCGUUUUCGAAAAUUUGUGUUACCCAUUUGUGACCACAAAUCGCAUCUGUGUUGCAAGAAGGCAACUCCACAGGCUCGGCCGCAUUGUGCAGGCGGAUUGUCAUGCUGCUGAGCCUACAGCGCGGACGUUUUACAUGCGAGCUGCCUAGGCAAAAGCCUUUCUCCCCAGGCUCGAUAGGGGCCUGCAGUCCUCUCUAGCAAGACGAAUCUGAUUUGUGUACGCAAAUCCAGCAUCAGAAACUUCGUUUUGAUAUGGGGAGGGGGGGUUUUUCCUUUUGAUAUUUGUCUUCCAACGCGCCGGAGUCGAUAUCCGACGGCAUUUCUGAUCUGCAGGAGCCCUCGGGCAAAGGCGAAAGGGGAGCGCUGCAGCACACGGAACAAAUGCUGCGAGGAACGAACAGCGGCUUAGUUACUACAACGUCGGAGAACGACGCGUCUCAGUCUUUUAUGGUAUGAAUUAGUGCUACAAGCAACUAGGAAACAACGAAAUCUGCAUGUAAACCAUGACGAUAAAAAUAGCUUAGCAACUAAUAUUUUCUACUCCCGAUAUGCAGGACUGAGAAACAUCAGAAAAUAUUACAGAGAAACUCAUACACGACAGGCCACGACCGCCAUCAAAGCAGUGAUUCACGAUGACUCCCCUUCCGAGCUGCCGGAAGGUGAACCCGAGCGGUAUCGACCCUCCAGGCUGCAGGCGACCAUCAGUGCGACCGGGGAUUGUGACAUCACGGAUAAAAAAUUUGUAUCCCAGACAAAAAAGCAGGCAGGGCGUAUGUGUAAUGCAAAAACAAAUACACAGAAAAAUCUGUCAUGGGCGUCCCCAUAGCGCGCUAUUUAGGGUAUGCAAUACAGAUUUUAUGUAUUUUUGCAUUAAAAAUGUGCCUUGCCGGCUUUUUUCUGUGUGAUAAUUUGCCACGCCGGAUCAUGUGGAUAUCAACAUGGUGGACGAUGAAGAUUUUUCUGACUAUAUCGAUGAAAAAGAUCAUCUCGAGAACAACAAACAUCAGCUGCAUUCCGGGGUGAGUACUACCGCCGGCGGGAAUAGCUCUUCUUGUGCGACUAUCAUUUCCACUUCGACAUCUACUGUGCAGCCACUGGCACAGCAGGUGGUGUCCUGCUCUCCCGCCCAGCAAAACCAAAAUCACCCCUUUGGAGAACAAAACCUCGACACGCCGAAGCCUACAAAGAGCUUCAACCAGCUAGGGAGCUGCGGCACCUACUAUCCUGCUACCCCGCCGACGGCCGCGCUGGGGGUGCACCCCGGGGAAUUGCACGAGGAGGAGGAUUCGAAUGGCAAUAACAGUAUGGAAUUGCACGCGAGCAUUGAGGAAGACGAAGAGCAGGUCGUGGGGCUGCACGACGAAGAUCACCUUCUGGCCAGUACCGAAGAAGCGCAGGAGGCUGCUGCGGGUGGUGUUUCUGCUACUUUCCUAGGAGCGGUGAAGAACACCAAGGGAACUACGCCGGGAGCUGCACAGGAGACCCCGGCCAAAAUUAAUAUGCCCUCGCGGAAUACAACCGAUGUUGCAGCCCCGGUCGGCACGCCCGGGAAUGAUCCGGUGCCGAAGGAGCACCACGUGCAACCCGAGGGGAUGAAGUGGGCGGAUUUGAAGGGGACUUGUGAUCUGGAAGAGGACGAACUGCACAAAGUAGCACAGGGCUCUUCGAGGACCUCCACAAGUUGUACUCCGCAAAUGAUGUUGAAGGGCGGUGAACACCAGACGGUACCCCUUGCAGCUGGUGGAAAUAAUUUGGAAAAGGCGCCAGCAAAUAAUCUUGGUGUUACUGUUGUGAAAACCUCUACUACUUCGACCACGUCUGCAGCUGCUGCUGCUGGUUCAUCCGCCCGGGACGUGGACCAAGUCACGCCGACUGCAGUCCACCAGCGGAUUAUUGCGGAACUGCAGGCCACGAAAACCAGUGCUGCUGAGGUUGACCGCGAGACAAUCACCGCGGGUGGAGGCGCGCCGCAGCUGUUACUGGACGGAAACGGUAACAUCGUGCUGCCGCGCACCUCGAAAACUAGAACGAGCAUGCUUUACAAUUCGCUGGAAAACCGGCCAAGUGUGAUUUCCGACCGGCCCCCGGCGUCCGAGGCCGCAUUCGAGACGGAAGAUCUUCAAGGGCCUCAGCAGAAAGGUUGUGGCGAGAACUUAGCCAGCUGCGAGGAGAAGAAGUCUUUGCAGGCAAAGAACAUUAAACUGAUCCCGCCCUCUACGAGUUCUUUGGACGUUCUUGCUAGCUCUACAACAGCGACUGCUACCUCGAUGAAAGCCCCGGCUGGGGCCUCUGUGGAGGAUAGUACUUUCAACAUUCCAGAAGAGGAAGAUGAUGAUGAUUACCUCGGCCCAAAUGAUAACGAAAACAUGGUCGGUGACGAGGAGGUGUGCGCGACGCCGACACCCAGACACGACGACACGGAGGAUUCUCCUUUCCGCUCGCGCCAGCGGUCGCACAGCACCCCAGUUCUGGAGAAGGAGCAAAAAGCUGCGAAAACGAACAAGAAGGAUAAUACUUCUAUGCAGAAGAAAGACGGUAAAGGUAAUAAUGGUACUGCAACACCCGCUUCGGCCCGCCGCAAGGAUCAGUCGAAGACUCCGAAAAAUAGUAGCAGGAAUGUCAAGCGAAAAAACGCUCCACCCACGCCCCCAGCGCCCCCGGGCGGAAUUUUCCCUGGGCCUGCAGUUCUUGAUAAUAGGAAAACAGGAGCGUCGGCACAGCAACAGUUGCCGGCGAGUAGUUCGAAAGGCACGACGAGAAACAACAAAGACGAAAACGACAACUCACUGGUGCCGAAAACCACGCCGAAAAACUCAGAUGUUGAGGAGGAAGACAUCACUCCGAUGAAUAAUGACCGGUUUCUACCUCCUGGCGAUAAGAACGACAAAAAAUUGUACCGGGGCAAGAAAAAUACCCUUCGCGAGGAUGAGGACGGUGCUGACGUAGAUCACGAAGAUGAAGCUCACGAGAUGAACGAAGAUGCCGGCCGUUCGGGCUCGAAGUCCAAUCGAUCGCGGUCAACGCCGGUUGCAGGGUCGCGCUCGAAGGGCAAAGACAACAAACAAGAAUUCAAUGUGGAGGUCUCCGAUUUGCCUGCUCGCCUGGAGGAGUCGAUGAUGGAAGAACUUUUGCAACCGCUGGCGGACGUGUGCCAACCCGAGGAUUUUGAGAUGCUGAUGCCGGAGGUGCUGCAGGCCGGCGCCCCGACGGUAAUCUUCAAGUGCCGGGACAAGAAGACGCAGCAAGCCAUUUUUGGCCGGUACAAUUCCCUGCCGCGUCGGCUGACCAGGUUGUGCAAGGUGAUGCCCAUGUCGGGGGAAAGGUACCAUUUGAUGCUGCGGGACCACGAGAAGUCGCGGCAGGCCAUGGAACUCACGAAACAGUUGAAGCCGAGCAUGGUGCAGGGCACGUUCGCGUCGCAAGACGGAAUCACCGUCUUUAUGGAGUCGACGAUAUCCUGUGCAAAAACGUCCCCUCUCCAGGGUUGUCAUGCAAAUGUGCAAUGGUAGGAACAUUUGCAAUGUGCAGCUCCAUGAGAGGCAUUUCCAAUCGCGUUUUGGAAUUUGUAAUGCUAAAAAGAGGAUCAGAGCAUCGAUUUCUCAUGCGGCUUCCCUUGCCAACCAGCACUACACUGCAGAGGGGGACUUCUCAUGCACAGCUCCCAAAAGUUGGAGAUUUGUAGUGCUAGAUUCCCAACUUGACUUUGGGGUGGGGACGUUUUUGCAAAGGAUAGACGAAGGGCCAGUCGGAGUUUUGCUUCGUCCGGUGGAAAAUCAACAACGUCGUGGAACCGAACCCCCACUGCCCCAACGGGGAAAUCGUUUUCAAAAAACACCAUCAGUACGCCGUCGCCAUGAGUAUGAAAUGACAAGUACUUGCUGGGAUAGGAGCGUUCGCUUUUUCAUUAUCGUUUAAAGCAGGUAUAGAAAUUUUAGUGUAGCAGGUUUAGUUCUUGUUCAACAUUCCAAGACAGUAAAAGAACUUUAUGAUGUGCAUGUUGUUCCAUGUGAAUAUUAUGCAGGACGACAAAAUCUGCUUGACAAAGUCUGUUAAGUAAACCGGUUCCAGCCUUACGCAUUCCAUAAUCCGCUCCAAAAGACAAGGCACCUACGCCAAUGCCGCCACACUGGGUAUCUACAGUACUGAACUUUUUUUGUUUGCUUUUAUUUUGCGUCUUUCAUUUUUAUGUUGGCUGCAUCUUCCCGAUGACUGCAUGAUGAUCUACUUGCUGAAAGUAAAGUCUAUCUCUCGUCGUCUCCAUUGUAGUAAAAGAAAUUUGUUCCAAAUGAUAAACCCACACUAACUACAAAACAGACGGCCCGGUUUUGUACAACAAGUAUGGGAAUCGUGUGCAGCAACCCCGCAUGCUUCCCUACGGCGUCAACCGCACCUUCGGCGGCGGCGGUUUUGGCUACAACGACGGCCCUGGGGGUACUAAUCCGAUGAUGCAGAUGAACAUGAUGGGUAUGAAUCCGAUGGGAGGUGGUAUGCCCGGCGGCCCCAUGGGCGGCAAUGGUCCUCACGGUCGCAAUCACAUGGGAGGUGGUGGUGGGAACAACAAUAUGAUGCCGCCUCAUAUGGGCGGAGGUAACGGCAUGAACAUGAUGGGAGGUGGACCCAACAACAACAAUCGCGGUGGUAAUGGCAUGAUGGGAGGCAAUAACGGCGGGAUGUACAACAACCACGGGAAUAACAACAAUUUCCCCCGCGGCAUGAACAACCACGGGGGGAACAACGGCAAUCACAUGAUGGGCGGAGGAAAUAAUAGCCACGGGGGCGCCAAUAACAACAUGGGAGGCGGCGGCGGAAAUGGUAAUGGGCCACCCAAUGGACCCCGCAACAUGAUGCAGAUGAUGCAAGUGCAGCACCAGCAACGAAUGAUGGCCAACAUGAUGCACAAUUCGGGGCCUGGGGGCAAUAUGAACAACAUGAUGAUGAACAACUUUCCCGGUAUGAACAACAUGAUGAACAACAUCUCGUUUGACGAAAUGCAGAUGAUGAUGCAAUUCAAUGGCGGCAACAACUUUCCUCCCAACAUGAUGAUGAACAACCGAGGUGGAGGACCGCGCAACGGUGGAUCCAACAUUAUUACAAUGAAAAAUGCCCCCUCCCCAUAUCAAAACAGAAAUCUGUGAUGCAGAUUUGUGGUCACAAAUCAGCUUUGUGAUGCUAGAAGGCAAAAUAAGAUGCGGACUGUAGUGCUGUCGAGCGUGGGAAAGCCUUGCAGCUCCAGGAUGACAGGAGGCAACUGGAAGUGGGAAACAGCAUGACAGAUUGCCUGCAAUUUAGGCCGCAGCUUCGUCUCUUGGCAUUCUAGCAAUACAAUUCGAUUUGUGUCCUCAAAUACAGCAUCACAAAUUCGCGCAUCUUCCGUUUCCGAAAUGGGGUGGGGGGAUUUUUCCCUUUGAUACACAUGGGAGGUGGCGGCGGUGGCAAUCCCUUUGGUGGUCACAACAACAUGGGAGGCGGUGGUGGUCCAGGUGGGUGCAUGGACCCUCGACUUUUCGGCAUGGGCGGCCCAGGGGGUCCUAUGGGCGGCGGAGGAGGUAACAUGAUGAACAACAUGAUGGGAGGUGGUGGACCAAAUUCUGGCAUGAUGGGCGGCGGCGGUCCGGGCAGCGGGCCGUGCAACAUGGGCGGAAAUAAUAACGGGCUGAAUGAUGGCACUAACAUGUUUCGGCAGAGCAUGCGCCAGAGCAUGAUGAAUCACUACAUGAACAAUCAGCAAGGGGCGGGCUGCAACCGCGGUGGAUCCUCCUCUCGUGGCGGGGCAGGUUACAACAAUAACUACGGGAUGAACAAUCGCGGUGGAAAUGGAAACACGAACAAUAAUAAUUCCUCCAAUAAUUUCAACGACAACGGCGACAACAGCAACGUGGGCCGAAACGACAUAUCCUGAGGAAAAACGUCCCCACGAGGACCCCACAGUCAUCAAGAUGGGGGCGUUGCUACACAAAUCCACAAGGUCUGGGCGGUUCGCAUGACACAGUUCGGCUCGCAGUCUAAUCGUGUUUAGCCUGUCGCGCAGCCGCAUGCGGGUCAAAAAUCGAUAACUUUAUCCUGAUUCAGCAUGACAAACUACUUACCACUUAGCAUUGAAUGAAAAUUUCUCCUGAUGGGGCUGCGCAUGAGAAACGUCUUUAGGUUUGUAUGAUUGGCAUGACAAGUAUGGGAACAAGAAGAUAGGGACGUUUUUAUUUGGGAUACGACAAUAACAAGCGCAACGCCAGUACUCCCCCGCCGAACCGGCGUGACAGCUGUGGACCGCAAGGGCAACAAGACCAGAAUACUAACCGAAACAGCAGUUCCAUGAGCGGGACGGCGACGACAACUGGGGAAAACUGCAACGCAAACUCUGGCCCAACGAUCUACGACCAGAAUGGCAACCUGGUUCGCUACAACCGGAACAGCGGCACAGGUGGCUACAACAACCGUGGUAACGGAGGUUCUGGGAUGAACAAUAUCAACUCGAUGAACAACAGAGGUGCUGGCUACAACAAUAACAAUUUCGGGAACAGCAAGUCUCGCUCGAAUAUGAAAUGCAAAUAUGAUGUCUGGGUCUGGAAGGUCGAACCUGUAUUGCAUGUUUCGCAUUCCUAAAAAAUCUGUAUUGCAUAAGCAGCAAAGAAAGCCGCGCCACACUUUCGUCAUUCAAAAGCGCAGUUUGUAAUGCGUUCUGCGCAUGAGAAAGCGUUUCAAACAUUUGUCAUGCUGCGCGGCACUUACAGGCACAGUCAAUCAUGACCAUUCAGCAUUACAAGUUUCCAGACCCAGACAUAUUUGCAUUUGAUAUCGAAUUCUAUGUCGUGUGGCCCGAUCAACAAACCGCCGCCGCCGAUUGGGGCUGGCGGAAGCAUAUCAUUUGCAAAAAUGUCUGGGUCUGGAAGGAUGCGAACCUGUGAUGCGCAUUUCAGAACAGAGAAAAAUAUCUCAUGCAUAGGUAGCAAAAUCUGCCCACUUUCUGUCACCAAAAUGGAGGAUUUGUCAUGCUGAUUCGGCAUUGCGGAAGCUUCUCGAAACCUGUGAUGCUAGAGCUGCCAGGCCAGACUUUCUAUGUCAUGCAAAAACAGCAUGACUCUUCCAGACCCAGACACUUUUGCAUUUGAUAAAGCAACAGUGGCAGUGGCUGCGAACAAAGCAUGAACAGCAGUGCGCAGAUGUUGAACAACAUGGGCGCUGGUGGUGAUAAUUCUCGAGUCGUUCUUCCCUCUUCGCAUCAAAAUCAAAACCAGAUCAACACAACGAACAAACAGAGCCAGCACCCGGGUGGAUCUACUUCAGGAGCUGCGGGAGUAGACAACGGGUCGUCCGCCCGCAGGGGCGGAGGUGGGCAACAUCACAAUACAGCGAGCAAAGAACAACAUAACAAAAUGGGACAAAACCAAUUAUCCGAUGGCCUCUCCUCCAUGAGCGAAAACAAUGAUGCCGACGAUUUUUUGAGUUGCGGUAGCGACGACCGGAUCACGCACACACUGCAGCCGCAGAACAGCGUUGGAGGGGGCAUGAAUAACAAUUCCGGUGGUGGCAACCACGGCUACAACUCGAUGAACUCUGGUUUUAACAACAACAAUAACCGUGGCCCGACUUCCAUGAUGAUGAAUGAUGGUCAACAGCAUCAGCUCCGUGGCAGUGCCUCGGUCGCCGGAAACAACAACGCCAGCGGCAAAGAAGUGCAGAUGAAUCGCGGAAGCAGCAACCCGAGGAACCAUGCGGCCAUGGGCGGUGGUGGUGGCGGCGGGCGGAACCGCGAGGGGAAGACGAGCAGCGAUUUUCAGUCGAAGAUGGCUUUGCCCAUCCCGGCCUCGUAUUGCAACGACCAGAUGCCCCGACAGGGCAGCGGAAACCACCCGAAUAUCAAUCGGGGUGGAGAACUGCAGAUGGGUGGUAACAUGAUGAACAGCGGUUCUCAGAUGGGAAUGGGUGCGGGGAAUCAUGGCGGAGGAAGCAAUAUGAUGUUGAACAACAGCAAUAUGGGCAAUAACAACAAUUCGUCUAAUAUGCACCACAGUAACUCCUUCCGCGAGCAGAGAGACCGAUACGGAAACAAUAACAUGAACACUGGAAGCAACAAUUUCAACAACGACAACCCACGAGGAACGAUGAUGAACAACAAUCGUGGUUCGGGUAACGGUAAUAACAUGAUGAACAACUCCUCGGGCGGCAACGGAAACAACAGUAACUACAGUUCGCGCGGCGGUGGAAAUAAUGCUUUAGCCGCGCAACAAGGUUGUGCUUCUCAACAACAGCAAUCCAACGCCCAAGAUCCCCACCGCUUCUUUUCCGCUCCGAACCCGCCGCUGGUGAACCGCGGCACCGCCCGCGGAGGAUCCUCGGCGGGAGAGUACAACCAGCCUCCGUUGCCGAACCCGGUGCGCGGAGGCGGUGGUGGGAACAACUACAGUGGGGGACCUGGAGGAGGUCACGGCCGCGGAGGAGGUAACGGUGGCUACAACGACAACUUCAAUAGUGGCGGUGGAAACAACUAUGGCAACAACGGCGCCCCGGUAGGUGGCAUGAUGGGCCCGGGCGGCAUGGGUACCAUGAACAACAUGGGUGGUGGACCUGGCGGUCCGAUGGGGACUAUGGGAGGCGGUGGGUUCGGUGGAAACGGCAACGGCGGUGGGUACGGUGGGGGUAACAACAUGGGAGGAGGUACUUAGUGUUGUUAGAUAAUCUUCACACAUGGUUUCGACGAUGAGAUUUCAAAACUUUUUUCUUUUGACAAAGUUCUCACUACGUACCUUGCGAGAAUGUUGAGAAGACGAAACUAGACCGACGUUUCUAUCACCCUAAAAAUGAUCUAUCAGGCAACAACUUUCCCCUCGUGAACCGUGGUUCGGGGAUGCAACGGCAAAUGUUUUCGCAAGGCGGGAACAGCAAUAGCUACGGUAGCGGCGGACAGGGUCGUGGCUCGCAAUUCGACGGAAUCAACCCCCCGCCGCAACCCCGGCCAGUGCACAUGGUAUAAAUAUAGUUUUGGUACGACAAGAUUAUGGCGGGAGCAAAACAAUAUUUUUGAAAACAAGAAAAUUUUGACCAAAGGGUAAAAAUGCAUAUUACGAUGGGAUUACCUAGUUACAUUUUUAUGAUAUGCAUAGCUAGGCACCAUGUUAAAGUAGCUAGCUAAGGAAGGUCCGGGGCCGGCGUUUCGACAUCGUCUUCCACGAGCUGCUGCUCCACGGCUGUGCAGGCACAGCCGUAACCGACCGGGCCGCCCUUCCUCCGUGCUGAUGCCGCUCCACCGGACCUUCCUUAGCUAGCUAGCUUAAUCACAUAGUUAAUUGGCGCCUUUUAUAGAUGGUUUUCAAGUAUGCUAGAUGCAAAAUCCUAAAUACCCAUCGAUUAAAAUUUUAUUGUUUUCAAAAAUAUUGUUUUGCUCCCGCCAUAAAGAUCAAGGUCAAGAACAGCUCGGUGUCUUUGUCAUGCUAGUUUCUGCUUUGAGUAUUAACGUUUGUGAUGUGUAAAAUGCAAACAGAAAAACAAUUUCUCACUCAGGGUCCGAACACCGGGUCAAUGGGCUACUAUCAAAUGUAAAAAUGUCUGGGUCUGGAACGAUGCAACUUGUCCUGCUAAGACUGAAGCAUGCAAAAAUCUGUGUUGCAUGAUUACCAAAUGUCGUCCAGUUUUGACCAUGUCGGGAGGGAGUUUCUCAUGCGGGAUAGGCAUGAGAGAGAUCGCGCAGUGUCUGUCAUGCUAGGUCCUGCAUUCCAGACCUCUUGGGUCAUGGAAAAGCUGCAAGACAAAUCGCGCACUUUUCCAGACCCAGAUACUUUUGCAUUUGAUAGCUACAACCGGGGACCGAUUGACUACCGGCACGGGGGUAUCCUGAGUAAAAACGUCCCCACCCCAUAGUCAAGUUGUGAACUCUGCAAUACAAAUCUAGGAGUUUUGGAAGCCAUGCAUGACAAGUUCGUCUUUGUAGUGUAGUGCAGGCUAGGAAGGACAGUCGCAUGACAAACUCAUCUCCUCAUCCUGUUUACAGGAUUACAAAUGCCAAAACACGAUUGGAAAUGCCUCUGAUGUAGAUGCGCAUUACAAAUGUUCCUGUCAUUGCAAAUCUGCAUGACAACUCUGGGGUGGGGACGUUCUUGCUCAGGAUAGGGGGGCCAGCGUUUCCGUCGAUGAACUGA